AUGCUGGUGCUUCUGGCUGGAUUCAGGCUCAGUGAGGAGUAUCGGAUUCAACGGGUCUGUUUGAUGAGUCUCAUUGGAGUCCAAUUCAUCUUUAACCUGGUUACGGUGGUAGUGGAUAGCUACUACAACAGUUUCACUUUCUACGAAAUAAGUGUGAUGCUACCAUUCAACUUGUUGUACGACAUCUACGCAUUCUGUGCAGUUCAGAGCGAGUUGGAGACACUUGGAAGUGGAUUGAAGGAGGUGUUGGAGGAGAAUCAGAAGAGCAAAAUAUUGAUGGAUAAAUUGUAG